ACACAUAUUUUCACCCCUAUUCUUGAGCCAUUUGAGGGGUUGACUCUCGGGUUUUAAGCCGAUUUCACGCGAGGUUGUGUGUUUAUGUCAUAUUUCAGGACCCGGCGUUGGAAUCGAGGCGAAGGAACGAGAUUCGGGUCGGAAGGAGCAAGUGAGGAUUGAAGUGGGCUGGAGGAAGAAAAUACCCGGCCAUGACCACAAAUACCCGGCCGGGUAUUAUUCUGAGGAGACCGGGGAUUUUCCCUUUUGGCGUCUGAGAAACAGGGGGGGUCCCGGUCUGGAAGGCAGAAAUCCCCGACCGGAGAUUAUUGGAUGAGACCGGGUAUUUUCCCCUGGCCAAAACGUGCGUUUUAACUAUACCCGGUCGUGACCCAAAAUACCCGACCGGGUAUUUCGACCGGGUAUCGCGACAGGCAGCUGUUUUAAAGGAAAAGAAGGCCAAAGAUCAGGGGAUUCGAGUUUUAGAGAGAGAGAUCGAUUCCUAGAGUGAGAAAGUGACGAACAAGAGUCUCCAAGUGCCCUAGCUUGAUCUUCAUCACCAUUGGAGGCCAGUUUGAGCUUGGAGAAGUGUCGAUCAACGUCCAGGAGCAGGAAUCCAUCCUUCAUAGUAUGAAUUCCGCGUUUGAUUCUGCUUUUGCCUCUUUCUCCAUGGAGUAGUUCUCCCAUUCAUCUGGGUAUGGAGAACCCUAGAUUUGUAUGUUAGGUUUGAUUGUAUGAACCCAAGUACUGACUCUAUGAUUUGAUUAUAUUCGAUUGAGGUUUGAAUGAUUGAAUGACUUGAAUCCUGAUCAAAUUCCUGUUGUUUCUGCUUUGACCUAGAAUGAGAAUAUCUGCCUAGGUUGAUAGAGCAUCCUUAAUUGAAGGUAGGGAGUUGGUGACUUUAGUCGAGACGCUAACUCACUAUUCUGUACCGGAUUUACUUCGGUAGUGGAGGUUUUGUUUGUUAAGGCCUCAAUCUGUUUACUCCGGUGGAGGUUAGUCGCCCGCUAGAGACUCAGAUUGAGAGGGUCUGAAGACCUUUAGUCGAGACUUCAGGCUGUUUGAGAACCUUCCGCAGUAUAACUAUCAUAGAAACUAAACUUGGUAAUUACAAUCCGGCUUAACUGCAGUCUAGGGGGAACCAUAUCCGGGUGACCUCUCUUAACCUGAAUACAACCGUUUACUUGCUUUGUUAGUUUGUUAGUUUAGACUUGCAUUAAAGUUUUAUUGCUAGAUAACAAGAAUUCACCGAGUAGUCAUCAAAUCUAGGACCCGGGUUGACAUUUAAACCCAAACCCGCUAUACUACGCUUUAGGAAAUGGUUUCACUUGGCCAAUUCCUAGGGUGACAGUAGAAGUGAGUCACUGUUCUCGAACUCCCUUUAAAUGGGAGCCGCUUCACUCGGAGCAAUGGUUGGAAUAAUGCUUCUCUCUCGCGUAUUGACAGGGUUUUCGUCUCAAGUGAUUCGACAGUAUGUUCCCGGAUUGUAAUCUGGCUGCUUUGGAGAGAGUUGAGUCAGAUCAUAAUCCUCUCUACAUCUCAUGGGGUGAUUUUGCAGAGAUCAAAAGGCCAUGGAAAUUCGAAAACAUGUGGUUGGAAGAUGAAAGAUUAUUCAAAAGUGCUGAAGUAUGGUUUAAAGCCCCUGUUUUUGGCAAAGGUGCUGUUUUCUUGUGGAGUAGAAGACUAAUCUUUCUGAAGCGCAACAUAAAAAUAUGGAAUAAGGAAACCUUUGGCAAUGUAAAAGUCAGAAUCGAUAACCUUCUUAGUGGUAUAAAGCAGUUGGAUGAUAAGGAAGAUUGUUCGAACCUCCAGGAAGUUGAAAGAGCCGAGAGAGAGGAGUUGAAAGCUGAGCUGCAAAACACCCUCAAUAUGCAGGAGCUGUCUUGGAGACAAAAAUCCAGGGAGUCAUGGCAUCAAAAAGGAGAAAGGAAUACCAGGUACUUCCACAGGAUGGCAAAUUAUAGAAGGAAAGUGAACUUCAUUAGUCGCAUCCAGAUUGAUGGCAGGUAUUUUGAAGGGAAACAGGCCCUUGGUGAAGCAAUUGCUAAUGAGUAUAAACUCUUAUUUCAAGAAACUACCUUUGAAAGGCCUUUUCCCAAUGACUAUCUGGAAAGAUCCCUAGAUGAAGAUGACUGCAGACUUUUGACUCUCCAGUUCACAGAAAAGGAAAUAUGGAGCGCAAUCAGGGAUUGUGAUGGGUUCAAAGCUCCGGGGCCAGAUGGUUUCACGUUUGAAUUUUACAAGAAAUGUUGGCCUCUUUGCAAAAAAGAUAUUAUGCUGGCUUUUGAAGAGUUCCACGACAAUGGGUAUCUGCCGGACAGCGUCACUCAUGCUUUCAUUUGUCUUACGCCUAAGGUGGAUGUGGUGGAAAGCGUUAAGGAUCUUCGCCCGAUUUGUCUUAUGAACCGUUUUCAUAAAAUACUGAGUAAAGUACUCAUGAAAAGGAUGAGCAUUGUUCUACCCAAGCUGAUCUCUCAUAACCAGCAUGCUUCUGUCAUUGGUAGACACAUUUCGGAGGCUGCCUUAAUUGCUAAUGAAGCUAUUGACAGCAGGAGGAAAUCCAAAAAAUCGGGGCUCAUCUUUAAGCUUGAUAUUGAAAAGGCCUUCGAUAAUGUUAGCUGGGAUUGUCUGUUCAAAAUUAUAAGAAGUGUUGGGUUCUCGGAGAAAUGGCAGCAAUGAAUCAAGAGCGUCAUAUGUUCUCCGGUGACUUCAAUAUUAGUUAACGUAGAACCCCAUGGUUACUUUAGAUCGGCAAAGGGGGUCAGGCAAGGAGACCCUUUAUCCCCUGGUCUUUUCGUACUUGUCAUGGACAUGUUGUCUUUCCUAAUUUCUAAACUUCGGGAGGUUGGUGGGAUAUCGGGAUUCUUUAUGGAUGAACACAGGGGAGUUGGUGAAGUCACCCAUCUCCUAUUUGCGGAUGACACUCUCACUUUUUGUGAUGCCUCAGCAGAUCAGGUGGUUAAUAUUCUUGUUGUGCUGGUGUGUUUCCAAUCUAUCACAGGACUUAAGAUUAAUUUGGACAAAUCAACUAUGUUCACUGUGGGCGACAUUCCGGAACCUGAUUACUUUGCAACGAUCCUUGGGUGCAAAUGGAGUAAUGAUCCAUCGAAAUACCUUGGAUUGCCAUUAGGAGAUCGCCCAAAUGCAGCUGCAAUUUGGAAUCCUGCUGUGGAUAAAUACCAAAGAAGACUACAAGGCUGGAUGAAUAGACACCUAUCUCUUGG